CGCCCGUCUGUCAGGGUUGCCCUUACGUCAUUUCCGCCCCGCGGCGUAGGUCUCAGUGUGUGUGGCGCUGGGAGCGGUUAGUGGCGCCGUGGGGCGCUGUGCGCGUGAGGGCAGGGCGGCGGGGGAGCCUGGGGUGACAGGGCCGCAGAGCCAGGGGCCUGGUAGCAGCUCAGUAGGUCCCGUCCCGGGUCCCUGCCCUCCUAGUCUGUGCCUGGGCCAUGUGGGCCGCCGCCCCGCUGCUGGGCUGAGAGCUGCGCCCCACAGGCCCUGACCCGACCGCCCACUGCUCGCGCCCUGGGCGCAGGGCCUGGGAGAGCGCUGGAGACGGUGUAAGGCCCGAGCUGGAUGGCAAAGCAGGUUCCCCCUGUAACUGGGUCAGGAGGCACCUGGGUGGUGACCUGGACCACGUCGCAGUGUUGCCGGCUCUUCUGAUUUUCAGUGCGAGUCUUGCAAUAAUUGGGGGUAGUUCUUAAAGCCCCAGCUCCUGGAGUCCUGUGACUAUGUGAGAAUCUUUCAUUUUUAAAAAGCACCAUGUCCCAGAAGCAGCGGGAUCUGCUGGAACUGGGGCGGCUUGAAUACUUGCAAGCGCUGGUCACCGAGUUCCAGGUAACAGAGAGUCCAGAAGCCAAGGAGCAAGUACUGGCUAAUCUAGCCAACUUCGCCUACGAUCCCAAGAACUACGAAUAUCUCCGACAGCUUCAAGUCCUUGACCUGUUCCUAGAUAUGCUCACAGAGGAUAAUGAGACCCUUGUGGAGUUUGCAAUUGGUGGUCUUUGUAACCUCUGUCUUGAUAAGACAAACAAGGACUAUAUUUUGGAGGCAGAUGGGGUGGCACCUGUAAUAAACUGCUUAUCCAGCUCAAAUGAGGAGACAGUGAUGUCGGCAGUGACUACUCUGAUGUACUUGACCACGCCACAGUCUCGCCAGCAGACCACGGCACUCCCGGUGGUGGAGUGCAUGUUACGUUUCUCCCUCUCAGCUAACAGGAGGCUAAGCAACCUGGCAAGGGUCUUCCUUGAGGAUUAUUGUUCUCCUGUGCAGGUGGAGGAGGCCAGGAACCUGAGCAAACAUACAGCUGUAGGGAUCCCGCUCCCAAAGGAUUGAUGUUGUGCAGAGCAGAGGGAGUAGCUUGAGACUGUUAUUGCGUGAGAAGAGAGAUUCUUGAUUUCAUCUUUAGAGCCCCCUCCACCUGCAGGACUGGUGAAACUAGUGAAAGACAUUGCUAAAAUUCUGCCUCAGUUUGAAAGGGACAGGUGGGGAGCCGGGACAUGGGUCCAGAAGUCAGGAUUAGCAGCUAAACUGUUGUUAAUACAAAACAUAUUAUGGCUGUUAGAGAGCAGGCCAAGCAACUCCUGAACCAUCAUCCAAAUAACCAUUUCUGAUGUUACCCUUCCCAGUGUGGUUGUCAGGUAACUUAAACCCAACACAAUUCUUUUGCAUCACCUUCGCCGUAGCUGCAACUAUUGCUGCCUGUCUUCUCAAAGGUUAUAGCUUUGAAAUAUGUUUAAAUUAUAUGGUCUUUAUUUCUCAAUAGGAGAGAACACUCCUCCUUCCCCCUACAAUUUGCAGUCUGAUCACAUACCUCAGGACUAAGUAUGAGCCAGCAUCCUCAUACCACAGGCACCUGGCCAGUUAAUUAGGAUAUAGGACUAGCCCUACUGAUGUUAAAUAUCAAUAGGAAUAAUAUAUUCACCACAACAUAGCUGUUGGGAAAGAUGCAGAUUAAGAUUUAAAAGGGAGUACUAACAGCAGACUUCAGCUCAGAAGGACAACUGGUCUUGUGGUAGCUUUUGUAAAACUUCCUCUUAAGUUCUUUUUAAGUUAAUGUUUUAUUAAGUGUAAACCGUUCUGGAUCAGACAUUCACCGACUACAGCAUUUGCAACCUAAAUCUUAGCAGCUCAUAUUAAUGCAGGAGAACCAGGAAGUGAAACUAUCUACUUUCAUUAUGAGCCAAGUAGGGUAAAAAGUGGAAGGGUGCUGAUCAGCCAAUCUGGCUCAGUAUGUGAGAUUAUUAAAAUGGUUAAACUGUUGAAAACAAGAUUUCCUUUCCUAACAUGAUGGUGUCCCUCAUACUUACAGCUUCAGGUACUUGAGUGAAUGGGCAGAGAGCAGAGUGCUUUCAUGGAGUUUUACAGCCCUACUUCCUCUUUCUAAUUUCUUCAUCCUCCCUUCCUGCCAACCCAAAACAUGCUACCUAGCAUUAUAAGCAGCUGCUCAUCUCUUGUCAAGUUUCUCCCUCCAAACGUCAUUAAUGACUCUCCAUAAAGAUUCAGUAAUUUAAUUGCAACUACAUUUCAGAAAUAGUCUUAAGAAAAUACAGAUCUUAAAAAAAUAAGCUUUGUAUCUUUGGCCCUUAAAACUGCCCCUACCCAAGUCAGUGCACUUUCUUUAAAUGGGAUUUCGUUGCCAGUUCCCAACUUAUCAGUUCCCAUUGGCAGUGAGACUAGCAUAGCAUUCUUUUUCCACAUUGCUUCUGCGUUUGCUUUCCACUAUCCCCCUCCAGUCAUCGGCCCACGACUGCAGCCGCCUGCGUGGGGUCUGAAGCUCUAGAUGCUUGUUAUGGCAGCAAGUGAACAAGAUGUGUUCCCAGCUUGGCUUAGGCUCCGCACCUGAGAAGAGCCAGAAUGGAAAGCUGAAGUUAGCUGUUCUUUUCUCCAAACAACAGUAAAUCAUCUGCUGUGAAAUCUCCACCUCAAGUUUCCCAAACCUUUAAUGGUGUCUUUGUCAUCAACCAGGAGGUCAGCUGACACAACGGUUUUAUCCCCAGUCAGAAUCAGUCGCUCCACAAACUUAGGACCCAAGUAUUUUUCCACCCAGCUGUACUGUUAGGGGAGGAAGUAGAGCAUUAGAAGAAUUUUACUUAGCAGCAAGUUUGACUAUUUAUAGUAUAAUGAUCUCAUGCUACAGGCCCAAAUCUCUUCUAGGAGUGUUAUGAACCCUGCAGUUGGGCCGUGGUGCGGGCCACUAAAAGGACUGGUGUGAACUGUACUUUCAGUGCCCUUCACUCAUGACUGCAUUGGGUACCAUGAAGUUACACUGGCAUAAAGCAGCAUGAGAGGAAGUCAACCUAGGGCGUAUACCAGGCCCUUCAUUAUCUAACCCCUCUCUCCCUACAUUUCUGCCUGGCAGUGAUCAUCUCUCAAUUUAGUCAGGAUUUUCUCAGAGGAGGAGCCUCUGGCAUGCAGUCCCCUCCCGGUGCAGUGCAUCAGAAACCCCUUGGUUGCCUCUGGAGUAUGCAAUGAGUCAAGGCAGCGUCUACUUGACCAUAUUGCAUCUGUUCUUUUACCCUCCCCCAUUCUUCCCAUGCCAUUUCUUGCAACUGUGGGUAUGAGUUGCUGAAAGUUGUUGUUUGUUUGUCUGGUUUGGUUUUUAAGUUUUAUAUUCUGGCUUCCAUUGCGUAAGACUCAGAUGCCUUGCAAAAGGCAUGACACAGUACUGCUCCUGGCCUUUUAUACUUCCUCUCAGUCUGAAAAGCUGCCACUCAGAUGGAGUAUUUUUGCAUGCUGGGCCCUGCAGACUUCACAGGCUGCAGCUUGGUUUUGUUCACAUUGGUGUGGUACUUGGGCAUGUACUAACAGUUGAAAGAGGCUGGAUUCUGCAAUAGCAGUCUUAAAGCGAGGGUAGGGGGAGAUCUCCAACCUUCUCCAGGAUGCAGUGCUCAUACUUCAUCAGGGGGCUCGUGCAAAUAAAAACUUCAGUGCUAAAAAGAAACAGCCCUGAUUAGUAGUCAUCAAACAUGGAGAAUAGAAAAGAGCUGUGUACUGCAAAGUGUCCUUACUCCUGCAUAUGGAUCAUUUCCUGCAUGGCUUCAAUGGCUCCUGGAAUCGGCUCCAACCCCAGAAAGAAGCCAGGUGACUCAUAGACACUGGCUACCUUAGCCUGGAAGAGAGAUGAGGAGAAUUAGCAAUUUUUUUUA